AUGGGAACCUACCUCCGUCUCACGCGACUCCGAGGGCUUCCUGCUGGAACCUUUAAGAAAGAAUCAUUAGUUGUGUCCACAGUGACAGAGCGGCGUGGUCAGGAAGGCCACGUACUCAGUUCGUAUCUUGUUUUUGACCUUCAGUCCCUUCUUGAGGCAAACAGUCGGGGCCUUCUGGAGCCUUUGACAGGUGCCCUCCGCCGCAACCGAAUUCUUAUACCGGAAUUGCUGUUGCAUCGACUGGACGAAAUGAACAAGAAGGCAUUCCAGGCUCUUAGUCUUGGAAAUUCAGACGAAGCUACCGCAACGGCAAAACGCUUUCGUGACCUCCUUCAGUUUCUGUUGCAAAACAAGGAAGCAGAUUGGCUCUUGUUUCAACAAAAAGGAGUAAACGAGGAUCAACGCUUUUUUCGAGAGAACACCUUGGCCAAUGACUUGACCGACGCCCGGCGCUAUGUAAGCUACGCGUUGUUUGUCAAGGGGAACGCCAGCGAAAAAGUCAUGCUCGUUACCUCCGACCCAGGUCUAAAAAAGUGUGCAGCAGGCGAAGACCUACUGACGGUGUCGAUUGGAGAACUUUUUAGAGUAACACAUAAGGAGCUGUAUGAGACUGUUCGCACCGUUCACCCACAUCAUCCCCUCUCUUUGGACGCAUAG